CCUCCCCGCAUCCCAAGCCGGCCAUCGCCAGUUCGCCAGACGCCCGAGCCCGCUCGUUCACGCUCAAGCGCGCAGCAAGCACACCACCCAGAGCAGCCAUGGCCCUCGCCGGCGGCGCCACCACCGCGGCGUGCCUCCUCGUCCUCCUCGCGAUCGCCCACGCCGCGGGGGCGGCCAGCCACCACGCGCCGGCGGCGGCGCCGGCGCCGGACUGCACGGAGGCGCUGAUUGGCCUCGCCGACUGCCUCGACUACGUGUUGCCCGGCAGCAAGUCGGCUAAGCCUUCCAAGACCUGCUGCGGGGAGGUGAAGACCGCCGUCGGCACCCCCGCCACCGUCAAGUGCCUCUGCGAAGCCAUGGCCGCCAAGGAGACGCCCAUACCGAUCAACAUGACACGGGUGCUCGCUCUCCCCGGCGCCUGCGGCGAACCCGCCUCCGUCUUGAACAAGUGCCAUGCUCUGCCGGGUGGUGCUCCUGCUGAAGCACCGGCGCCUUCACCGUCCAGUGGCAGCGCGGCCGCUUCGCCACCGAAGGCGAAUGCGUCGGCGAGGUCUCCCGCAACCAUUCUCGUGGCAACCGUCGCGGCUUCGCUGCUCGCCUUCUAUUACCUCUGAGGACUGGCAUCUCAGCCUCUCUCACGUGUUUAUGUUGCACAAGACUUUGUGACUCUGUGUUGCGCGGUGUCGUUGUAAUCUGAGUUUACUCUCUUCAUCUGGAUGUGCUCUGAAUUACUGUUAUUAUCAUGUUUUUUUUGAGACAAUACUGUUAUUAUCAUGUACUCGUUGACUGAAUAUCGAGCAGUAGUAAAUUGCGAUGUACCGUGGACUGAA